AUGCCCGAGCUGCACUACAUCUACACUACACUAGGCUACGCUGCGAAAUUGCAUGAGGAGCUCCAUAAAUGCGUUCGGGUGGACGACAUUGGCGGUGCCACAGUGGUCGUCGAAGGCCCAAAUGCUUUCAACCCUGAACUGUCAUCGUUAGCGAUAUUGUCUCUGGUGGGUGGUGUUGGCUGUGCCUUGGGGUUGGGGGUCUGUGUGGUGUACGCCAUGGCCUGCCUCGCUGUUCUGCCCGACACUCUGGCGGACGGCGUUGGCUGGCGCGGAGGCCUUGACGCCGUGCCCGAACGGUGGUGGCAGUCACGGCAGGUGAACAACUGCCGAGGAGGCCUGGACGCCGUACCCAAGGGCACCUUCUGGGUGAAUCAUGUCACUAGUCGUGACAUGCUCCGAUCCGGCAUACCUCUAUUCAAAGGUGGAGCGGCCAUUGUCAACAUAUCCAGCGUCAAGGCCAAGAACGGCUCGUGGUCGUCGGCGGCGUAUUCCGCUUCGAAAGCCGGCAUCUUGGCGCGCACCAUAUCAGUGGCAAGGGAGCUCGCGGGACAUGGCAUCCGCUGCAACGCCGUGCUUCCUGGCUGGACAGAUGCCCCCAUGACGCAAGGAGGGGACGACGCUGUGAAAGCGCAGGCGCUGGCACUCAAGUCAAUCAAGAGGCCCACUGAGCCCCGUGAAAUCGUGGAAAGUACUUUGGUUUAG